UCAGUGCGCCGGAAAGAAACCGCACUUGGGCAGCUCUUCAAGCUGAGCUGGCUGAUCGCUCGGGAUCUUGUGUUGGCUUGUCAAGAGCUUUUGGAUGUUUUGAUAGUAGAGGGAAGACACGUAUUUACGCCUCGCAGAGCUUUUUUCCUUCUGAAUUACGUAACAGUCAAGACAACGUUUUGAAGAUCUAAACCGACGACAUGGAUUCCGCCAAUCAAGACAUCAAUCUGAACUCUCCACACAAAGGCCUGGGCUCUGACUCUCUCUCAGAGGUGCCUGAAGAGAGAGGAGCGGCCGCUGUGAGUCCUGGGACUCUCCCUCCAGGUCUGACAGAGGAGGAAGCUGAGGAACUGAGACUGGAGCUCACCAAGGUUGAGGAGGAGAUCCACACUUUGAGGCAGGUGUUGUCGGCUAAGGAGCGCCAUGCGUCGGAGCUGAAGCGCAAACUGGGCCUGAGCCCCCUGACCGAGUUCAAACAGAACAUCACCAAAAGCUGGCAGGACGUCCAGACCUCAAACGCAUAUCUUUCAGCUUCUGCCACUCUGGAUGACAUUGCCAGCUCUGAAGUGUAUAAAAAGACUCAGGAAACGCUGUCUCAGGCUGGACAGAAGACCUCAGCCGCCCUCUCCACCGUUGGCACGGCCAUCAGCAGGAAACUGGGUGACAUGAGAGCUCUUCCUUUCUCUAACUCCUUUGGUAGCAACUACUCCAUUCGCCAUUCAAUAAGUAUGCCAACUAUGAGGAACUCUCCAACCUUCAAAUCAUUUGAGGACAAAGUUGGAAACAUCAAGUAUAAGGUGGUUGGAGGGAAAGCCAAUGGUGAAAGUGCCCACUCUCCGACCGAGUCAAACCCGGCGCAGGACAACCCUCCGUUCUGAGAGUCCAACCUCUUGAUUUAAACACUCAUCUCAUUCUUUGUGAAUCCUGACUACACCCACACUUAAGUUCUCCCAGUUGUCCCGUUCUCUCUCUCUCUCCCGUUCUCGCUGAAUUCUUUCGUCCCUCCUUCCUCUGUCUCCUUUGAUACCCCUCCACCUACUGCUAGCAUGUGCUUGCUCAUCUCACUAAAAACAUACACACAGUACAGAUUCUGUGUCAUUAAAUCAUCACAGGUUGUACAAAAGAAGAGAAAUGAUGAAUCAUUUUGUAUUAGAAACUAUUUUACACUGCUUUGCAUAAUGUUUUUACAUAACUUUUAUCUAUAUAUGACUAUAAAUGAAAUUAAAUAACUAUAUUUAAACAGUACUGCCAAGCAGCAUUCAUCAGAUAGCAGAGGGGUAUAAAAUACACAAAGAACAAACAUUUAAAUCUGAAGGGGGAGGAUUUUAGACCAAUAAAGAAACUAGCUGCAGGUUUCUAUGCUGCUGAGCAUUCAGUCGAGUUAUUUUUUACUCUCAGUACAAUGUGAAGCAAUGCUUUGCUGUACACCUGGUGAAUGUCUGACCUUCUCAGUCGGCCUUACACUCGCACUCUCUAUUGCUUUAUUGGUCUGUUGCUGGCAAAAACAUGUUACACAAAGUUUGUUUUAUCUUCUUUUUACCUUUGCUCUCUCUUGCUCUCGUUCAGUUGAUGGAAAUGUUUUAUUUAUGCCAUGUUUAUGUCAGAAAUCGCUUGCCUUUGCUUUGUGCCAUGCUGUGUGUGCCACUUAGUAGAUGCCAUAGACCUUUUGCUGUCAGAAUGUUUCACACAAACUAUCACCAAACUAUCACAUCACAAAGAUCACUGUUCAAUUCUGUUCAAUGAAAUAAACCUGCAGUUACUCGUGCACUAACCCAAAAUGUCAAAUGGGGAGUAUGUCGUGAGUAAGUCGAAUUUCUUUUGUUAGUGCCAUUUGUUGGUUUUUCCCGACAGACGUGAACACAAGUGUAGUCUGUAUGGUAGCACGGUCACUUUUACCUGAAGGAUAUUGGAGUAUGUUUCAUUAUUAAAAAAUGUAAUCUCUUAUUUUACUUCUGUUCUAUUCUGAUAUUUCAUUCACUUAAAUGGGUGUCAGUGGGUGGCCUUGUUUCAGUAUAUUGCACGAUGAUUACAUGCCUCAUUGGGUGAGAUGCAAGGGAUGAUGCACAUUUGACUGUCUGCUGCAGAUGAUGAGAUGCCAACUUCAUGUGACUUUCUACUGGAAUCCAUGUGUAAUACCAUAGAAUUAUGUGAAAAGAAACGGUGAAAAGAUGAGAAAAGAUCUUGAACUUUCAGAGGGAAAGAACUUUUUUUUAUUGUUAUUAUUUUGAGUAGUCAUUUUGGGGAGGUUGUCAUUUAGGGAACAGGCACCAUAUAGCUUUAAAUUAGAGCUCUCAGUUUAGAUUUAAAGGCUCAGAUUGUUUUCUUUUAGAACAACAGUGGUGUAAUGCUUCAUUUAUUUUUGUCAAUUGUUUGUAUAUCAAUAAAGCAUACCUUCAAAUGG